GACCCUGACACCGGCAAAGAGAUGACCGUACGAGAAGCGUACCAUCGUGAGUUAAUCGACUAUGACACUUUCCUGGAGCUUUCGGAACAAGAGUGUGAGUGGGAGGAGAUCACUAUCGAAGCAUCUGACGGCAGCAAGCGUUUACUUAUUGUCGAUCGCAAAACCGGAACCCAGUAUGACAUUCAAGAGUCCCUAGAUAGGGGAGUUAUUGAUAGACAAACUCUGGACAAGUACCGUGCCGGGACUCUGACACUCCACGAGUUCGCAGGUCUGAUCACAAGUAAAGGCAGCGGUUCUGAGCUUUCCAUCUGCUCCAGCAGUCCUGAGGAUGUUGCUACUUGCAGCAGUCCAACACAGAUUGCGCCAUCAUCUCCAACCAUCCGCAAACGUUUUGCUAGCGUAUCCAUUACGCUCUCCCCUCCAUCUGAUAUUUUUGAUGACCAGAGCCCCGUGGGAGCCAUUUUUGAUACAGAAACCCUUGAGAAGAUUACCAUCCCAGAGGCACAGCGACGUGGAAUAGUGGACAACAUCACUGCUCAGCGGCUCUUGGAAGCCCAGGUUUGCACUGGAGGGAUUGUCAAUCCUGCUACUGGCCAGAGACUCUCCCUGAAGGAUGCUGUACAGCAAAGCCUUAUCGAUGAAGACAUGUCC